CUAAGCCCCGACAACAGAUGUUUCAAUUUCACCUUUGUUCUAUGAUCUUAUUGUUUUAAAAUUCACAAAUGUUAUGAUGAAAGGAGGAAAUAAGGAAAAAGUCAGGGAAGUGAUGCGUCGGUUGUUCGAAAACAUGAAGCACCUUCAAAUUGAGAAAUGGCACAAGGCUUCUGAGAUAGAUAGGAGUCAGAUUGAGUGCAAUCCUGUAAACAUCUUCAAACAAGCUGUUGACAAUUGCAAACCACUGCUGAUAACUGUUAGGGUUGUCAAAGGUGGAGUAGCGUAUAGGGUACCAGUGUGUGCCAAGGACAGCGAAAGUCAGUUUAGGGCUAUGAAGUGGAUUAUUGAUAGCUGUAGAGACAAAGAAAGGAGAAUCCCAAUGGAAGAAAAACUUACUCUUGAAAUCAUGGAUGCUUACAAUAAUCAGGGUAAGGCAGUGAGAAAGAAGCAAGAACUUCAUAAGACUUGUGAGAGUAAUCGAGCCUAUGCACAUUUAAGAUAAAGAUUGUGAUAUCAGAGUUGCUGAGUAUAUAAAUUAUGUAACACAUUACAAGAUUAUAAUUUUUUUAAUAGUAAAACCAUCUGAGAUGCAUUAUGUAAAUAAACCUUAAUAGUCU